UUGGAAGUAAAAUGGCGGCUGAUGUAGUGGAAGGUGACGCGAGAUCGGUGCUCGGUUGAUGUUUUCUUUUUGGGAGGGGGGUGGGAAUUAAAACCUCUUGUAUUUCGAAUGAGUCGAGCUCUCAAGGUCAAAAAACAAAAAUGGGUAAUUGCUUCAAGUCGCAGUCGGGCGAUGACAUUUCUCUGCUGAAUGACUCGGCGAGCUACGCCGGAGCGGCCGCCGGCGGGGAAGCCUCGGCGGAGGGAGCGCAGGAUGCAGAGCCCCGGGCCCCGGGCUUGCUGCUCGUACUGCCGCCUUCACCGCUUUACCAGGAACAAGUGCAAAUUCCAGUUUAUCACCCAACACCCAGUCAGACCCGCCUGGCAACUCAGCUGACAGAGGAAGAACAGAUUCGAAUAGCACAGAGGCUUGGCCUAAUCCAGCACCUUCCCAAAGGCAGCUUUGACUUUGGCAAGGAAACCCACAACAAGAAAAUCAAGGAGUGUGUGAUCUGUAUGAUGGACUUUGUAUAUGGUGACCCAAUUCGGUUUCUGCCAUGCAUGCACAUAUACCACGUGGAUUGUAUUGACGAGUGGCUCAUGAGGUCCUUCACGUGCCCUUCAUGUAUGGAACCUGUAGACGCGGCUCUGCUUUCAUCCUACGAGACCAACUGACUUAACUGGGCUUCAAGUCCAGUUGCACUUUCGAGUGUCUUGCUGCCAAAGGGAGGGAAAAGUAAGGUGGGGAGGGAGCGGGGAAAAGAAUCAUGCACUCACGCAGACCAAAGAAGUAUCCUAUUGUCUCACCAUAGCUUUUAGGUGGGUACCAGACGGUGCAUUUUUUGUUCAGCUGGGAAAACAAUCGAUUGGCCAAAUCUUCUACUUAACACUAACUGGCUAAAAGGGAAGUGAUUAAAACCAAAGUGGGGGCAGUAGUCCCACUCUAACAGCAAGAAAGCCGUUUUGGGUUUGCCUUUCUGUAUCUGCGCAGUCUUAGUCUUCUUCCAGAUAGUGACAUAUGCAGUGUGCUCUUUACUAGAGGACCAGAGCAAAAGCUUUGGAUUUUACUUUUGCAUUGCUCACUGCAUGAGGACACUCCCUCGUGCUGAGUUCUAGAUGAUCAUAGCUCACUUACACCUCACCACAGUGGUUAUGCUUUUUACUCGCCUGCUGUGCUAAUGUAACAGAGUACAGCUUUGGAGCUGAAGACAGAGUAGGUCAGAGCAGUGCUUGGAAGAGGCAACCUGUAUAGACAGAAGACAGUGGAAUGAUUUGCCUGUGGAGAUAAACAGCUGGAAUGGAAUUUCUCCUGAAACUCUGCAGUACCCCGAAACUGGAAAGUUAUUCACCCGUGGGGGAGAUGAAGCUGCAGCUUAUUUAGUUAAAUUCAUUCAUGGCCAGUGCGGCAUCACUGGUAAGGCCAGCAUUUAUAGCCAAUCCCUCAUUGCCCUUGAGAAGGUUGUGGUGAGUUGUGAUUUAAGCCGCUGCUUUUCUGUGUUUUAGAUGUACCCGCAGCAUCGUUUAAGAAGGGGUUGCAGGAUUGGACCCAUUGAAGAAAAUGCCAAUAGAUUUCCAGUUUGGGAUGGUGUGUCACUUGGAGAAAAAGCUUCAAACUGGUGAUUGUUUCUGUGCAUCUGCUUGCUUUGUCCUUCCGCUGAGUGCCCCCCUGUUUGGCAGUUGUUGGGCUAACGGGAAUCCUGACUAAACUUCCUGUGGUACUGAGGGAGUUUGAAGCAGCCCACUAUGAUUGAAGUCCCCUUCUGAGGUCAGCUAGCUCAACGCUGAACAAGGACAACUGAGGUUUUGACACAAUUUAGUCUGAUAUUGUAACUUGCUAUAUUGAAUAAGCAGGACAGCAGCGUGGCAAUGUCCCUGAUUUGAUAUUUUUCUUAAACUGUUUGGAAUGUUCAGAAUCCGCUGGGUUCAGUGUGGAAUCAGUGAGAUUGAGUGUCAGUAUCCAAGGUUGCUCCCAUCUUCUGCGAUAUUGGAAUCCUGAUACUGGCCAGCUGCAAGUACUAUGUGGAGCCCGUGUGAGAGGGGCAGAGGAUAUGGGGAGAGGCUGUCCUUUGAGAAGAACCAUGUCAUUUCCCGGUGGCAGACUUCUGAAUGCCAGAGACCUGGUUAAGUCCUUUUGCCAACAACAGUGAUGUGUGAAAUGGGGAUUUGAGAGCGACUAGCCUGCAAGAGUUUUAUUUUUGUAGCAAUCUGUCAGCACUUUAAUAUUUACUAUACAGAGCUUGCUCAAGUAUCAAUUUAGGAGAUUUAGUGAAAUCUAAUGACCCAAAAAAACUGAGAAAUAGCAAAAGAGUAGAAUAAUCAAAUGAUAGAGCACUGAUGGAGGCCAUUCAGUCCCUUGUUUGUGCUGGCUUUGUACACUUCAGUUAGCUUGGGAAAAGAGCAAGGACUUCCUUAUAUCCCAUACAGGUAUUAGGAGGAUUGUUUUGACACACCUUUUGAACAGUUUAAAGACAAUCCUCUGGCAACUCCAUUGAACUUGGUGCCACCUGUGAGUGUGCUUCCCCAUUGCUGCUGCUGCUCUACCCUUUUAUUAUCAUUGACCCUGUAUAAACUAGGGAUUAAAACCAAAAUCAGCUUGGUCUACCUGGCUCCGUACUCUGGAGCAGCCUUAUUUGUUUACAAAACUUUAGCCUGAGUCACUAGCUCAGGUAAUGCCUCCAAGUUGCCCGACAGUUUGGGGAUCUUUUAUGAACAUGAUUGUCAGACCAUUCAGGAGUGAAAUUGGGCAACACUCCUUCACACACAGGGUGGUGAGAGUUUGGAACUCUCUCCCAUGAAUGAUGAUUGAUGCAAACUCAGUUUGUUAGUUUUAAAUCUGAGAUUGAUGGAUGUUUAUUUGCCAGAGGUAUUGAGCAGUACAAGCCUUACACAGGUAGGUGGAGUUUGCUCAUCAUUCACCUGUGAUCCUGUAGGUUGUUGGAACAGACUCAUAAGGCUGGACGGACACCUCCUGUUCCUGCAUUACCUGGAUAAGAGUGGGACUGAGCAAAAUCUGUCUGGAUUCAAAUUGUACUAUACAAGAUGUUUAUUUAAUUUUUUUUAUUUUUUAAGGCAAGUGUUGAGUUAAAACUUAAAACUGCAGACUGUUAUCACAUGGUACCAUUUACUUCCAAAAAGCUCAAAUGUUGAAAGUUGUAAAUUCUCAGAGCUAUUGGUUAGCAUUCAGAAGUCACACAUCAACGUUGGUUGGAGUUGAUUUCAGUUUUGGAAAGCCGGCAGUCUCCUCCUCGCUCCUGAAGCUGACUCAGACUGGGUUGCAAUUGCACUGAUGUUGGCUGCACACUCUUCUCAUAGAGAUAUGUGCUGAUACUGCAACUUUUGAAGUAUUGCAUAAGCUCCAAGAUGAAUCCUCACAGCCAUGUCCAGUUUCACUGGGCGUCUCCAUUGUGUGAGAUAGAGAAAUAGAGGAUCUGAGCUUUACUGCAGGCUUUAGGACCCAACAAAUGGGAUUGAAAGGUAGGCUUGAAACCAUCAUGUACCAGCGGUGGGGCCAGUUCCUAAAAUUGGCUGCUUUUGGAGCCCAAGAGAGGCAGUAGCUGUGAAGACAUUUGGAAAAGUACAAGCUGCUGAGAUAUGUCAGUGAUCUCAGGGCACCUCCCAAGUAAGUACAGGGGUGUAAAUGUAAGUGCAGUCUCAGGAACUUGUCGCCGUUUGGUUAAUCAUUUCACCCCAGCACGUCUCUGAACUGAUUCAAUACCAACCAGUAAUGAAACCUGUGACGUUCUGAGCUCUGUAUGAUACGUAUUAUGCCUUUACCUGGGGGGAGUCUCAGAAGUGUUCUUCAAUCCAUAUGCUGCCACAAGUCUUGUUGCAGACUAACUCGUCUCCCAAAUUGCACUAACUUUAGAGGUUUGUGGCUGUUUGAUUUGGGGUUUAGACAUACAUGUGGAGUGUUGGCAGUUUAUUGGUUUUUGAGCAUCAUUUUUGCUUUUAGUGUUUACUAAUUUUAGUCCUCUUAAUUUGGGAGGAAGGAAUGCUGGAUUGACUUGUCUGUUGGUCAGGAAAAAUGAUGCCUGGCUUGCUGUUUGGAGAGGGGCAGAAUGACAUGGAAUUAACCUUUCAGACUGUGACUGAACUCUAUGUGGGUCAGAUGCGAUACUUGAGAACUAUAAUAGCUGGUUAGUGUUAGAAAUUAUGUUUUCAUGUGGAAAUGUGUUAAACCCUCACAAAUGUAGAUGUAAAAUUUAUCAGAGAAAUCUAAAAAUAUGAAUGCGAAGCAUGAUUUUGAAAUGGGAAAGGAAUGAUGGUUCUGUCCUGCAAUCCAGUGACUCUCUCCAAUAAUGUCCCUUUACCUGUAUUGGGUAAUGUCACAGGAGUUUGCUUUGUUAUACAAAUCAUAGGCAAAGAGUCUCUAGUCAUGGAAGCCAUUUAUCACAUUUUCCUGGGAACUGGCAGUAAUAAGGUGUAAACAUUUUAAGAUAUUUCUAUAAUAUAUUGUGCCCCCUGAAAAAUAACAUAUUUCAGAAGCCUUUGGGGACUGUGAUCUCACUCUGGGUGAGUGGGUUGCUGAUUGUGCUGUUAGGUUAAGAGAAGUACAUUGAAGCAGCCAGUAUACUCCUUGUUUCUACUAAUAGAGCACGUCCUUUGUUUUUACAGAAUUGACCAUUGAAGAAAAGGUUAUCAUGGUUGACAAAUGUUGCUGUACCUGAGUUAGAGGGAGGAAGUAUCAGACCAAUAGAAAACUAACUUGUUUGAGCAUAUACAUGUUAGCUGCACUUUUUGGCAUUGUAAUUAACAACAUUUUCCUGAUAUUCUCAUAUGGGACACAGAAUUAAUCCUGAGUGUCAGAGGUUCAAGAUUGUUUCAGUGUUAGCCCAAGAAUUGCAGUUUCCACAAGUAACUGGCCACAGAGAUGAUAGAAAAAAAUAUUGAUAAAAGUGGGUAAGUGCAUAAACGCAGCUUCCAUUUGUGGUUGGAUGCACUUUCUCAGAAUCCCUCUUCCUUUAUAAGAGGUUAUUCUUCCAGUUGCAGUCACUGUGUAUUCCUAGUGUUACAAUGGCAGUUUAGUUUACACACACAACUUUCUAUGUUAACGAUGCCUUAAAAUCUUCAAGUUUUCUUCUAUUCAAUCUUGCACAAGCAUCAUCUGCUUCAGCUUGGGCAGUGAUAUCCUGGAUCUGUAUUUGAGUGUAAAGGUAUCUGUUUUUUGCCAGUGACUGCAGAGAAGUAUGGACAUAAAAUCUCUCAAUACUGAGAAGCAAUCCCACUGACUGCCGCUUUCAGAGACUUCCAGCUCAGACCAUAAUAAUGGAUAUUAUUGUUAAUUCAUUUUUGUAACCCAGAUCUACCUGAACACGUCAGUCAAAAAUGUUGGAAACCAGAGCUGCCCAAUACUCCAGUGAUUUUGAGUACAAAUGAUAUCUUUUGUUGGUUUAUACUAGCUGCUGAUAACAAAUUAUGUAAAAGUAUGUAUAUUUUUUGAAAAAAUAAACAAUCAACUCCACAGA